CGAAGACACAACCGUGAUUUCUUGGAGAUUUUCACACUGGGCAUAAACAUAGACCAGCCAAUGGCCACAGCAUAUGAAACCAGCCCAACUAAAUAUGCUCCUUCAGACUGGACCAUUUCUAAUGAAGUGAUACAGUCCAGUGCUGAGAGACAGAGACUAGCUUCACAUAGGAUAAGACAAGAGAGCAACCAAACUAGAAACGAAACAAGUAUAACUACAAAAUGGACUCAGCAUAGUAAUGAUACUUCACUCCAUCAGAGAAUCAGUGAUGUUACUGACUGGAAGUCAUCCCUCCAGCACACUCUCUCAGAGACAGACAGUGCCAUUACUAAGCUCUCUGAGUCAAAGAGACUUGCAGAGUAUGCUCUGAUGGCUAAAGAGAUGCCACUUCAUGUAGUGCUAGAGUGUUUAGUAACACGAGAGAACAGAGUAGCCAUUGACUUAGUUAGAGAUGAGGUGGAAGCAGAGCUAAACAAGGAAGUGUCAGUUAUUGAAGGUGUUCAAGCAAUUCUGCAUCAAAGGAUUGGCGAUGCAUUUAAACAGCUUUGUCAGUUGCAAGAGUGUUAUGAGAAGCUCCAGUUUGAUAUCUCAGAUAAGACCCAAGCCCUUAGCAUUGAUACUGACUGUGUGGGACUGGGAAAUAGCUCCAGUGGUAUUAACAUACAAACUGAUCCAACCAGAAUUAAAAAAGGUAUUGUUAAUCCUGUUCAAUGGGAGUCAUAUUCAGUCCACAACACUGAUGAGGCGAAUAGAGAGAUUGCUCAAUCAGUUAGACUUAGAGAAAGCAUUAGUCAAACCAUACAGCAGACUACUAAUGAUCUUGAAAGCCAAUGGACUGCCACAAAUUAUGCUCUGAGGAGGCGAAUACACGAAAUAAAACAAGCAUAUCAAGAACUUGAAUGGCAAAAGAAAAAUACUGAAGCAGAGAUUGCUCAAGUCAAGCAAGAGAUUGAGUCACUGACUGUAUCACUAAUGGAGAAGACCCCUCCGAUGAAAGUAGCACACACAAGACUAGAGAAUAGGACGUAUAGACAAAAUGUUGAGCUCUGCCGGGAUCAACCUCAAUAUAAUCUUGUAGAAGAAAUAUCAGAAAUAACUACGUCACAGAAAAAACUUGCAGAGAAGCUACACGUAUCAAAACAAACUUUGGGCACAUUGCAGAGAACUCUUGAGCGGAUUAUGAAGGAUUUAUCAGUGAAAUCAAACUCGCUCCAGCUGGAUAAAAAAUGCGAAGAGAUCCGUCAGAUACUCUCAAAGCAUCCCAAGCCACACCAGCUGCCUCAACUGGUCAAAGAAGCCAUGGAAGAGAAAAAGGAUGAGAAUAACAAAAAUCCAUAAACACAUAUCCAGCACAUUAACACAUUUACAUGUAUUGUAGUGGGCGGUGAAGGAACUAAACUAUGCAGCUGCUCUUUAAAGUUUAAAUUAAAAUAAAAAUAGUACAAUGAACAAACAUUAUAGCUUGACAA